GAGUAAUGGAAACACCUUGACCGUAAAAACAAACAAGUACUCCGAUUACGCGGGUGGGCAUCCGUAAAUAGAGAAAGGGGAAAGAAGGAAAAUAAGGAAGAGUAGGAAAACAGAGGACAUGGGCAAGGAACCAGACAAGGAAGAUGAGAGAAAGGAAGCAGCAAUAGCAUCAACGCCAUGUUUACAGCCCAAUUACAAGCCCAGACGCAUCACCCAAGACCAGCUUUCCAAGUUCCAGGAACUGCACAGGAGACGUUUACAGAUAAAAUCAACAUCAAAGAUUGAAAAGAAACCAAAAGGUGGUACUGGAAAGUCUCACAGCAAAGGCCUGAAUGCCAAACACUCAGCAAACCAAGAUUCAACUGUACCAAUUGAAAAUUCAACUAACUUUAACUCUGAGAGCCACCAGAAAGAAAGCAGUUCCCUUGUACAGCAAGAAGGCAUAGCAACCUAUCAUGCACCACAGAAGCGGCAGAAGUUGCAUUGGGGGCUGGACACAAAGGAAAGGUGGGAAAGGAAAGCAAACAUGUAAAUAUUGCCAUGAAGAUGAAAUAUGGUUCCCCUGAGUGCUGGUUUCCAAAAGGUUCUAAAAUUUGUCCCUUGAUUUCAGAAGAUUUGGCUGCAAGGUGAUUGCUUAACCUAGGUGAUUAGUUUUUUAUUGGUAGAGAGCAUCUACCUUGCAAAUGUUAGUUAUAAUGUUGGGGUAAAUGUUCAACUUCUCUAUCAAACACUUCAUUCCUGUAUUUCUUGUGCACUGUAUAAGGUAGAAAACAUGAAAUGACCAAACGAAAAUUUUAUAAAGAAAAAAAGAACUGAUGACUAUUUUA